AGUAACAUACAUUAUGUUACCUGAAAGAAUGCUCUAGUGCGUAACAAUAAUAAAUAUGAAAUGAUUUGUUGCCGUGGUAACUGUCGGCAGGUUGUUGAUAAACAAACCUUUAACUAUAUUUUGGUCAUUUCGCCUUUCAUAAGGUGCUUAACACUUAAAGAAAUCCAUAUGAAAUUGUCUUUCUCGGUUUUUUGGAAAUUAAAUGAAAGAACUUUCUUACCAAUUAAUGUCAAUGAAUGAACCUCUAAAUAUUUAUAAUCAAAUAAUAAAUUGUGUGCAUGAAUUAAAAAUUUAUUUUUAAACGUUUGAAUUAAUUAUUUGAAAUUAUAAGAUGAUAAACAAUUCACUAACAAUUCCUAAUAACAGGUCUAUUAGACACUUUCAUUCUCAGACUGAAAUUCCCCUUAGUUCAGAAAAUUCAUCUCAAGUUCCAAAAAGACAACACAGUCAGGUGCAAACAGAUAUAGUUGAAAUUAAAGAAAACAUUUUUGCAGAAUUCAAUGUUAGCAAUUUAUUGAAUUUUCUUAGAAAAGUCACUCCUAUUAUGUGUUCUGCUCUUGAGAAAAACUGCCAAAGUAAAGCUUUUAAUCGUUAUAAAUUAUUGUCAGAUGUCGAUUCAACUUCUAUUUUGUGUUUGCAUGUUUUGGAAAAACAAUUACCAUCUGAGUUUUGUUGCAGCAGCAUUUCUUGGAAUUCAGUUGGCACAGCUAUUGCAACUGCUUUCAGUAGUAUCGAUCAUAAAAGUUGGUGUGAACACAGUUCUUCAGUUGAUAUAUGGAGCUUGAGUAGAAAGGAUUUUGAUCCAAAAAAACCUAAUUUAACUCUUGAGACUGAUUGCUGUAUCACAUAUCUUAGUUUUCAUCCAGAAUUGCCCGCUAUUAUUGUUGCUGGAAAAUUAAAUGGUGAAAUUUUACUAUGGGAUAUUUCAAAAGAAGAUGAUCCUCUUUUGGCUUCAACAGAAAUAGCAAUUUUUAGUCAUCGGGAAGCAAUAACUGGAUUGCAUUGGAUAAUUCAGUAUGGAAAACAUAAUAAAAUAAAAUUUGUGAGUUGUAGUCUAGAUGGUAAAAUAUUGCUAUGGAGUUAUGAAGAUGAUACUUUAAAGUUGGAUGAUGGAUUUGUUAUAUUAGCUAAACAGCUUCCCAGGAAUUUUCUCAUAAAAACACGCAAGGAUAAUGCAGAAAUAGGAAUUACAUCAAUGACUAUAAAUUCAGAAGAUGGGAACAUUUUUGUCAUUGCAACAGAAGGAGGCGGAAUAUUUCAGUGUGCAUUUGAUUCCUUGGUACCAGCUCAAUAUUCUGGUAUUUGUCCUAUCUCUCCAAAAUCUCCUAUAAACAUGGGAUUUGAGCGCCACAAAGGCCAAGUUACAUGUGUUCAAUUUUCACCUUUCUCUAGAAAUAUAUUUCUUUCAGCUGGAAGUGAUGAGGAACUUCGAAUAUAUAACUUACUACAGCCUAAGCCUCUUCUAAUACUACAACUAUCAUCUGGAGGGAUAAAUUCAGCCCAGUGGUCACCAAUUAGACCAUUAGUAUUGAGUUGUGUCAGUAGUAACGGGCAGUUUCACAUAUGGGAUCUCAAAACUGAUGAAAAGUCACCUGUUGAAUCCAUUCCUUUGAAUGUGGAUAAAAGUUCUGGUUUAUCUCUGCAGAAUAACAAAGAAAAUCCUAAUCUAGUAGCUACAAGUUCAUCAAAUGGAAUGAUACAAGUGUGGGAGCUUUCAGGUAGCGUGCUGAUGGUUGAAGACAAUGAAGAAGCCUUGCUUAAAUUUCUCUCAACAAACACUGAAUGAAACAUUUG